CUAUCCUCUUCCUCUUUCUUUCUUUCUUUCUUCAUUCCUUCCGGUUGCAGGAAAGCUUUAGAAGAAAAAGUCAGGCCCACUCACAAUCGUUUCUACUUCUCGUUUAAGUUUUUUUUUUCCCCCUUUCUCUUCUUCUCUUCAUAACAACGUUUUCUCUUUCAAAACAUCUGUCUGUAGACUUGUAGAGAAGAAAAAAAUUAUUAAAAAGUUCAUUCGAUUCCUUCUCUGUUCAUAUUCCUUUCUUCUCAAUGUAACUGAUACCCCCUUUUACUUUUUCCACUUUAAGAAAUAUUACCAGCGAAUUAAAGCUGUGUUGGGUUUUUUUUUUUUUUUUUUGUUUAUUUUCUUGGGAUUGCUGUUUGGGUUUUCUUUGUUUUGUAACGUUGACGAUUGUGGAAGAUGAAAAACGAGGACCAAACCAGGUCCCUGUUUGGGAUUUUGCUCACUGAUCGACCUAAAUGGCAGCAGUUUCUCAUUUGCACUUCUGGGUUUUUCUUUGGCUACCUUGUUAAUGGUGUUUGUGAGGAAUAUGUGUAUAAUCGUCUUAAAUUCAGUUAUGGAUGGUACUUCACAUUUGUGCAAGGAUUUGUUUAUCUCGCACUUAUUUAUCUCCAAGGUUUCACCACCAAGCAAAUGGUUAACCCAUGGAAGACAUAUGUGAAGCUCUCAGCUGUUCUUAUGGGAUCUCAUGGAUUAACCAAGGGCUCCUUGGCUUUUCUGAAUUAUCCAGCACAAAUUAUGUUCAAAUCUACCAAGGUUCUUCCUGUCAUGAUAAUGGGAGCCUUUAUUCCUGGCUUGAGAAGGAAAUACCCUAUUCAUGAGUAUAUCUCUGCUCUUCUUUUGGUGAUUGGAUUGAUCCUCUUCACCUUAGCAGAUGCACAGACUUCUCCAAAUUUUAGUAUAUUAGGUGUUGUUAUGAUAUGUGGUGCUCUUGUCAUGGAUGCCUUUCUCGGGAACUUGCAGGAAGCCAUUUUUACUAUGAAUCCUGAUACUACACAGACCGAAAUGUUAUUUUGCUCGACCGUAGUUGGUCUCCCUUUCUUAGUAGUACCGAUGGUGUUAACCGGAGAGCUGUUUCGAGCCUGGACUUCCUGUGCUGAACACCCAUAUGUUUACGGAGUCUUGGUGUUUGAAGCCAUGGCAACAUUUGUUGGUCAAGUGUCUGUUUUAUCCCUCAUUGCCAUUUUCGGUGCUGCCACAACCGCUAUGAUAACAACUGCAAGAAAAGCAGUCACUCUUCUACUUUCAUACGUGAUAUUUACCAAGCCAAUGACAGAACAACAUGGAAGUGGACUGCUUCUUAUAGCAAUGGGAAUCGUUCUGAAGAUGUUGCCCGAGAACAAAUUGCCUUCAAGAGCAGCAAAAUCAUCACAUAGAGUAGAUGAAAACCACUUAGAUAAGGGAAAAGAAGAAGAUGAAGAGAAUAGGCCAUUGGUUUAAUUAUAUUCCCUUUAAUGGAGAGA